ACCGUGGUUGGAAAGCUAUCAUCAGGAUAUCAUCUAACAGGCAUUGCGAACAAGGUGGUGUUACUACGUAGCAACCACAUACAACAUGGCGAAGAUCGUUGUGGCAGGUCGUGCUGAUUGCCCGUAUUAUGCUAAGGCUGAAUUACUUGGGGACAGGCUACAGAAAAACCUUCCAGACUUUAAACUUCACAAAAUAUUAAAAACACCUGAAGAGUGGGAGGAUUGGUUGUCAGAAACCUGUCAGCAACGUGGUUGGAACCACCAGAAGUCACCCUUGAUAUGGCGAGAACUUAUUGACCGGGGAGGGAAAGGGGUUCUUAUUGGAGGUGCCAAUGAUUUUCAGGAAUAUGCCUCAGGUUAUUAUGGACUUUCUUCAGACUUGUUGAGUAGUGACAUGCGCAAAAUCGCAGAAGAAAAUCAACAAACCAAAAUUGAAGUUGAUGAAGAGGAGAAACUACUCAAAAGUCAGAGUAACCCACUUCAUGUCUGCAUCACCAAUGCAAGCAGUGGUGUUAGCUAUGGAAUGAUCAACACAAUAGCUCAGGGAGAUGUGUUUGGGAAGACUACGGAAGUGUCACUGCAUCUGUUGGCAGCAGACGAUCGGCUGGAUUAUUUGGAAGGGACAGAGAUGGAGGCCUUGGACUUGGCACAAGGUCUGUUGCGUGAGGUCAUUGUGACUUCAAACACACAUCAGGCUUUCUCCGACUGCAGUGUUAUACUUCUUUUGGAUGAGAUUCCCUGUGAGCCUGACUGUGAGAAGUCUACCUGGUUACAGAAAAAUGCGGAGUAUUUUUCAAACUAUGCGAAAAUAAUUAACGAGGUCGCCAAACCCAAUGUGAAAGUGAUGCUUGCAGGUGAGGGUCCUGUCAACUUCAAUGUGUUCAUGAUGUUACAAAAUGCCCCAGACAUCCCACGCCAGAAUUUUGUGGGCUUGUCCAGAUUGACCGAGAAUCACGCUAAAGCCAUCGUCUCCAACCAGUUGAAGGUGAAUUCUGAUGAUGUAGUAGAUGUGAUUGUGUGGGGAAAUAGUUACGAUGCUCAUUAUGUUGACUUGAGUAAUGCCCGUGUUCACAAUUAUGAUGGGGCAGUCUGGGGACCUCCAUCUUUCUCUCGGCCAGUCCUGGAGAUGCUGCACGAUGACAAGUGGGUAGGAGAAGAGUUUCCUUCCCUUGUGAAGCAGAGAAAGGCUGAAGUACAAGAGAAGUUAGGUCACCCUGCUACCAUGUCUCGAGCGGCAGCGAUUACCACCAUGGUGGGACACUGGUGGAAUGGUUCUCCCAGCGGUCAGAUGUUCUCUCUGGCUGUUGUGUCAGAAGGGUGGUAUGGUGUUCCUGAAGGCCUGGUAUUCUCUUACCCAGUCACAUUGAACCCCAAGGGUUACUGGAAUGUGGUUCAGGAUAUCAACCUGACUGAACCCAUGAAGGCAAAGAUAAAUGACACAGUUCAGGACCUUCUGUCAGAGAAGUAUGUGAUGUUUCCCCCUCCUAAGGCACCAACACCCCCACCCACAGCAGAGGCAGUCCCAUCCACUGAUGGGGGCGAGGCCGACUCAGUCCAGUUCAAGUCAUCGGAACAGCUCAUCACAUUAGAAGAGUCAGAAAAGGAAACAAGUGUCACAAAAGAUGGAGAGGAGACUGCUGAGUGAGAACUGUGAUAGAUUCUGGACUUUGAAGGAAUGUACAUGUACAUGUAGAUCACAACAGACACUAGGACUGUUGAUAUGACCAUGUAUGUUGUUGCUUGACUGAAGACAUUCUACAUGUCACAAGUCCAGAUGAUUCAGUGUGAUGUUAAUGCCAUGGACACUGUCUUUAUUACAUGCAUCUCUGUGAUAUUUUUGACGAACUGAUGAAUUCAACUGAUCACCUGUAUAUAAUAAGCUGUGGUCUACAUGAACUUCCAUUGAUGUUUUACAAGUUAUUUUCACAACUCAAUUAAUACAUUCUGUGUAUCCUUUCUA